AUGCGGACUGUAAAUAAUCCUGUUAUGGGUUCCGAACUGGUUGUUGAUGUCAUGGCAGAACGUAUACGUGAAAAACUGUUGACUCGCCCAACGAAUGUCAAGUUCCAUUCUCAGAAAGAUUAUGGUUUGCAAGUUAGUUAUCACGUAGCUUGGUUAGGUGUUGAGAAGGCGAGAGGUGAACUUUUCGAUGAUCAUUCCACUUUGUUUGACCAAUUGCGGUGGUAUAGCAAUGCCGUUAUGGAAUACAAUCCGAGAAGUUAUGUAAAUCUAGAGUUCGAUGCGAGCAACAAACGUCGGUUCAAUAGGCUUUUCAUAUCAUUCAAAGCAUGUAUAGCCCGGUUCAAUUAUUGUUGCCUGCUACUGUUUUUGGAUGGUACUUUUCUGAAAGAAAGAUUCAAGGGCAACUUGCUCACCGCUACUGCUAAAGAUGGGAACAAAGGGUUAUUUCCAAUGGCAUUUGUGAUUGUUGAUUCGGAGAAUGCAUCAAAUUGGAAAUGGUUCCUACAAAAUCUUGCCAACAUAGUUGAUGGGUCUCGGUCGUUAACGUUUGUUUUGGAUCGUCAUGUUGGCCUUUUGGAAUCCAUACCAGUUAUAUUCCCCACAUCACACCACGCAUUCUGUAUGCAACAUUUACAAAGGAAUUUGAAAGACAAAAUGAAGUAUGUCAACCAUCCAUAUCGUCUGGGAUUGGUUAGUAAACUCCGUCAAUGCGCGUACGCAUCAACGGUGGCUGACUUCAACCAAAAAUUGGAAGAAUUUACACAUUCUGGCCGCCAUUUUGCAAUAAAUUUUCUAAAGGAUUUGGAUCCACGUCAUUGGGUCAAUGCAUAUUUCAGAUAUUAA